UUAGCAUGAAAUUUGGCAAUCUUUUUUAACAGUAACAGAAGAACAGGAACACAGCAUACAAGUUAUUGUAAAGUAAAAAAAAAAUAUGUAGCUGAAGAGAAGUCAUACGGAAAGCAAAGUUACUGCUAUCACUGACACGUGCAAUGAAAUGAAAAAAAAAAGGAAUAUAUCAUGAUACUGUACACUUUCCAUGUGGAAAUCUUUUCUGGAAAAGUUAUACUUUUCAAUGGCUGCAAAACUCUGCUUUAACAGAGAAAUGGAAAUAGCAGAUAACGAGAUAUGCUGAAAACAAAAUGCUAAUAAAAAAAUGCAUACUUGAACUGGUGUUUCAGAUUCUCUAUGCAAAGGAGGAGCACAAACUGGAGACGGCCAUUGCAGAGCUUCAGUCCUUGCCUCAUAUGCCCUAUGUUCAGAGAGUGAACACGUUUCUUUUGCGCCAAUGUGAGUGGGUGCUCUUGUAUCGUACUGGUGUGCUAACAAGAGGCCAAAACACAACUAUUCGGAGGCUUCUGUCCGUAUUCUAAAGGACAUCAUCCUAAACAGAACAAAAGCCUACAAUGCAGUAGCUUUAAUUGAAUUUGUGAUUAGUAUUUGGGAGAAAUAUUUCAAAACACGGCUGCUGCGCCACGCACACAAUCGGGAACCUACCCACCGAAUUGGCUAAGAGCACCUUCUGCAAGAAAUGCCGGAAUCCCCCCCAAAAUCAAUUCUAAAAGUAGAACAAAAUUGCUACCAUGUUCCGAAUUCUUCUGGAACUGGGACAUAUGAGGUAUGGGCGGACAUUGGGCUAUGCAGCUGCAGGGCAGGGAACCAGGGUGCUUUCUGUAAGCACCAGGCUGCUGUGCAACAAGCCUUUGGUGGUGCUUUCCCGAACAGCCCAGAGCUGACAGUAGGAGACCGCACAGAGCUUGGCCAGCUUGCCCUCGGAAAGCGUUGUCCAGCAGCAGGCUUUUUCAUGCCUUUGACUGCACAUGCCCUCACCUUGGCACCCUCAUCUGUGUGCGAAGCAGGACCAUCGACUUCGCACAAAGACGUAGGGCAGGAGACGCAGACAAUCUCCACAGCGCCAGAGGUGCAAGGAGAGAUGGCUGACUUGGGCCAAAUACAUCUGGACCACAAAAAAGAGUGUGCUGCAUUCAAUGAAGCAUACCAGCGCGCCCAUGGACUUGGUGAAUGCAUUCCUCAGUAUGCUGCUGUUAUCAAGUCCAUAACAGAAGACCUGUUAAAGUUGAACACCAGCAGCGCUGUGUUUGCAUACAUGUUGAAGCAAAAGGCCAUGGGAAGGGCUAUCAGGCACGGUAACAAAAUUAAGGUACAACCAACAAGCUUGGCAAGGCGCCGACCUGGCCUACCGAGAGGUUCGGGACGCGUUCCUGUCGGCCGACCAAGAACAGCUGGAAAAAGGAAAACAAAACGUGGACAUGUGCUCAGCCAAAGUGUGCGGGAUGAUGUACCUGGGGCCAAAUGCCAUUAAGAACUCAAACUUUAUGGAGACCUCACAGUUGACCCACUAAAUAUGUCUCAGCAUGCUUAAGGACAGUGAAUACGUUGAACACACAUCAUCUGUCAUCGAAAAUGCCCAUUUUCGGCCUGCACUAGGAUGAUUUUUAAGCAGUAAUUGUAGCUCACAAAGUCUGAUUGCAGUGGUUACUAAUGCUAACGUGCCCCUUUCCUUUUGCAGUUUGUUAUUUUUAUGAAAUUGCAUAGCCAGCUGCUCCUGAACCCUAUAUCAAUUGUCUGUCCCUUCUUGAGGUGGUUUAAAUACUUCAUGCAGCAUCCGCACAUUACCAAGAGUCCACCUCUAGUUCUGUUGCCUUCAUAGUGCCAUUGCUUCAAGCGACUUUUCAAGGAUGAUAUUGCUAUUUGUAUCGAAAUCUAGCACUAAUAUUGUAAGACUGAGACUAACCAAGCUGUCAAGUGCUUUUUAUUCCAAAAAGGAAAUGCCCCAGCUCAUGCGUGAAGAAGUAGAACAGGGAAGAUGAUGAUGGCUAUGUACAAAUUAAAACGACGAAGUAUGUUAAUAGUGCUUACAAUAUCUAGGUUUGCAAGUAAAAAGAUGUUUACUGAACAUGGGCCAUGAAUGCAGAAAGGUCCGUAGCGAUGAGCACUGGUUCAGGUCGAGCACUGUCUCGUGCUCUGCAUUGGCGAUCCUGCUUGCACUUCAGCUGUCCUCCACUCCUUCAUUUUGUGUGUAAAAACCACCAGUGCUGUGGUUAUAGUGAGCUGUAGGGCUAGCUUUUGUUUAUCAGGCAGGGCUUCUUGAUUGGUAGCAGUAAGGUACAGCCCAAAGCAUUGUAUGAAUAGCAUCCGUUCAGCUUGCAAGUUGCCAGCCUUGCGCAUAAGUUGUGCUUCAAGCAUUGAUGCCACAUGGUGGCCCUCGGUUGCUCACACCUCAGUAAAUUGUGAUUGGCAGUGUUACACUGGCGCUCUUCGUAAAUUUUGUUACUUUGGUCACAGGAACAUUUCUAGCUCUGUUUGUGUCGUUCUCAACCUAGUGUGAAUAGAGUGUGAAUUUUUUAAAUAUUUAAUUCUGGGUUUUAAAUGCCAAAACCAUGAUUUCAUCAUGAAGCACGCCAUUUUAAUUUUUUUUGUAGCGUUAGUCCUGUGUUGAUUAGAUAUGCGACCAGCACCAAUACACGCCAUGAUGCAACAUCAAGACAUGCCUUGAUGCCACAGAAAUGCAUAAUAGAGGUAGACGGUGCACUGCAUGAAAAAGGUAACCAUGGAAGAGACGUAAGAUGAGCUGAACAAAAUGCUAUCUU